GUUAUGUUUUGAAAGUGUUGCUCCCAUACAAAGACAACCAAGACGUACAAUGGUGUGAUAGGAUUGAAAGUGUUGCUCUCAUACAAAGACAACCACGUCGAUGUUCAUAGUCUUCAAUGGUGUGUUUGUUGACUUUUUUGUUUUUGAAAAUUGCAUGCUCCAUGGGACAGGGAAUGAUGAGAAUCAGUCGAGUUUUCAAAUCAUCAAGUGCCCCCAAAUGGACAUCCUACACUGACACCAUCCACAUUGAAAGAUAAAAAUAUACCAUUGAUUUAAAUAUAAAUCACCGUUAAUUCUUAAUUAGGAUGAAAAUUGAUAAACUCUAGAAUAUCUGUCUUAGUAGACAAAUUAAUCGAGAAUACCACAUUAAGAUUAAAUUAUUUUUUUAAAGUUUUGUUUUCUUCAAUUUUUAAAUACCAAACUCAUAUUAAGAUACAAAAUAUUAUACAAAUUUUCAAUUUCUUAGUUAAAUUUCUUUUUAAGUGUUAUAAUUUUUUUAUUUAUCUAUUUAUUUCUUUUUCAGUCCUUCAAACAAGUGAAAAUAUUUUUAUUUUUAUUCAUCCAAAAGAUAUAUCAUUUUUAUUCUUUUUUUUUUAAUUUAUAUCCUUGUUUCAUUCAUCUUGAGGAGGGUCGUAAAUUCCACACUAACUGACAAGAUAAUUUAAGACACUUGGAAGGACCAAUUCUUUACUUGAAAAUAAGAUAUCUGCUUGUGUCCUAACCUGUCAUUCACUUUCAUAUCCGCCUUAGGAAAUACAGAGUUUUUGAAUGGGGUCCAAAAGAGGCAUGGAUGAGGCUGAACCACAGAAAAGUUAUUGGAGAUUUAGCAAACAAGAUUUCUUACCAGAAGAGUCCUUUGAAAGCUGGAACAACUAUGUUUCUGCUCUUUCACAAACAUGGUCAAGGUUCAAGGACCGUUUCUUCAGCAGAUCAGAUGAAACCACUGAGACAGAAGAGCUAAGGAAACAAAGUGAACAUGAAAUGAAACGUUGCCUCAACUGGUGGGACCUCAUUUGGUUCGGUUUUGGUGCAGUGAUUGGUGCUGGAAUCUUUGUGCUCACUGGUCAAGAAGCUCAUAACCAUGCUGGCUCAGCAAUUGUCUUAUCCUAUGUUGCUUCAGGCUUUUCAGCAAUGCUUUCAGUUUUCUGCUACACUGAAUUUGCUGUAGAAGUUCCAUCUGCUGGAGGGUCAUUUGCAUAUCUCCGAGUUGAGUUAGGAGAUUUUGUUGCUUUUCUCACAGCUGGGAACAUUCUUCUUGAAAGCAUUAUUGGAAGUGCUGCAGUAGCAAGAUCAUGGACUUCUUACUUCACAAACCUUUUGAACCGUCCUAAGGAUUCACUGCGCAUUAAGACAAAUCUCAAAGAUGGGUACAAUUUGCUGGACCCUAUAGCUUCUGCGGUUCUUAUUAUUGCUGCAGUGGUUACAAUGAUCAGCACAAGGAAAACUUCGAUACUCAAUUGGAUAGCAUCUGCAGUGAACACUGCUGUUAUUAUAUUUGUGAUCAUUGCAGGGUUUAUUCAUGCUGACACAUCAAAUUUGACACCUUUUAUGCCUUAUGGGGCUAAAGGGGUGUUUCAAGCUGCAGCAAUUAUUUAUUUUGCAUAUGGGGGGUUUGAUAGUAUUGCAACCAUGGCUGAAGAAACCAAAAAACCAUCAAGGGAUAUACCGAUAGGCUUGGUUGGGUCAAUGUCCAUGAUCACAGUGAUUUAUUGCUUAAUGGCGCUUGCACUUAGCAUGAUGCAGAAGUACACAGAGAUAGAUACAGGUGCUGCUUUCUCAGUUGCAUUUCAGAAAGUGGGAAUGAAGUGGGCAAAGUAUGUGGUAGCUUUUGGUGCAUUGAAAGGAAUGACCACAGUGCUUUUGGUAGCUAGAUUGUCACAGGCGCGUUAUAUAACUCACAUUGCACGUGCCCACAUGAUCCCACCUUGGUUUGCUCUUGUACAUCCAAAGACAGGAACCCCUAUAAAUGCUACCCUCUUGAUUACCAUUGCAAGUGCCAUCAUAGCUUUUUUCUCUGGCUUGGAUGUGUUAUCAAGCUUGAUAUCAGUGAGCACACUCUUUGUGUUCAUGAUGAUAUCUGUUGCUCUUCUGGUGAGGAGGUACUAUGUGAGAGGGGUCACACCAAGAGAGAACCUGUUAAAGCUUGUUAUAUCCUUGAUGCUCAUUAUUGCUUCCUCAACAGGAAUUUCAGCUUACUGGGGGCUUAGGCCUAAUGGUUGGUUUGGAUACACUCUGACUAUUCCUGUUUGGUUCCUUACAACUCUUGGGAUGUCACUAUUUUUGACUCAGCAAAGGGUGCCAAGAGUUUGGGGUGUUCCUCUUGUGCCAUGGUUGCCAUCUAUGUCAAUUGCAACAAAUAUCUUCCUCAUGGGGUCUUUGGAAUCUGAGGCCUUCAUAAGAUUUGGGGUGUGCACCAUGGUAAUGCUGAUCUACUACUUUCUCUUUGGCCUCCAUGCAACCUAUGAUAUGGCUCAUCAACACGAAAAGAUGCAAUCUAAAGUUGACUACACAGAGACCAUAAAGAAUGCAGGGCCUUAGAUAGUUGUACUCUAGAAUUUGAACCCAAUUCCACAAGUUACAUGUAAUUCUACGUGUUAUUUUAGUCCUUGAAUGCAUAAAUAAGGGUCUUAUUACUGAAUACAAAUAUAUUAGCAUAAUGAUCUUAAUUUAUUUAGUAGUCGCAGCAGUCGUUUUCUCUAAUGGCACAUAAAACAUAUAUUAUGCAGGGUGCUACAAUUAGCAAAAAUGCAAAUCUACAUAAAUAACCGAAAGUGGAUCAAGGUUUGAUGAAAAGGAUGUCUAUAUCAAUGUUUAGCUUUAUGCUUGGUUAACAUCCGUAAGAAAUGUUCCUGCAUCAUUAACAAGUUGCUGCCACUUGGUAAUAAAAUGCAUGAAUAGUAUUUGAACAGGAAGUGUACUUAAUACCGAAUUCCACCUCCCCUACCCAUUAGAAAUUCAAAACUUAAAUUUAACUUUCUAAAAUCUCCAACAAGCCAUUAUAAUAACGAAAAUACUCAAAUAGACAAAGAUUAGGAGAUUUAUCAUUUAUACAUAACUAUUCACCACUACUUCAAAAUUGUUUAUAAUGAAAAAAAGCGUGCACAUUAUCAUCGAUUUAUCUCUUAAAUGACGGGAAUACUAUUUGAUUUUUAAAAUAAUGUGAUUUGAACAUCACAUAAUAAAAAAAAAUAACAAUUUAUCCAAAAGAAUUAUCCGAAUCUUUAAAUAAAAUAAACGUACAAUUUAUUCCUUAAUAAUGUAUUAUUUUUCUUGUUUUAAUCUCCAGAAUUUUUCAUGUAUAUUAUCAAAUUAAUAGCAUAUUUACCCUAACAAAAUUAUCAAUUUACUUAAAAUUCAUUUUUUCCAAAAUACACACAUCC